GAUGCGGUCUUCAACAACCGGAUGAGAAAGCCUGUGGGUUUUGUGGACAAGCUUUCAAGGUGGAUCGGCAACGGGUAUGUGCCAACAGAGCUCUCUGUUCCCUGCAAUAUGGAGAUCAACUGUCACAGCGUCUUCGGGAAGAGCACUGGGGAUGGAAAAACCAGCUGAUGGAAGAGCUCAGAAGUGUAGCAGUUGGUGAGGAUGAAGGAGGGCUGCAUGGCUACACCUUGGAGUUUUUGGAGAGCCAGAUCACCACUUUGGAGGAUGAGCUGGUGGAGUUGGAUCGUUCAGAGAAU